GGGAGCGCCGGCUUCCCGAGCGGCCUUUCGCCGCGUUCCGGUGCCCGGAGCCCGCGGGAGGGAGCCGGUGUCCCCAGGGACGCGGUGGGCCUGGCCGAUCCCGCCGCCCUUCCGGCGGCCACCUCCGCUGCUUCUCGCGGCGCUGCCACGCGUCGCUUUGCAUUUUUGCUUUGACUUUGGGCUCCAGUUACAGUACAGUAAGAUUGACAGUAAAGACAUGGUUUUCAUCCCACUUCAUCAACGCACAUAAGUUUUCUCUUCUUUUUGGACCCUAUUUUAUACCGCAAUGCAACAAGCUUUGGAACAAGCUUUGGACCGAGCAGAGUACAUCAUUGAAAGUGCCCGACAGAGACCUCCUAAAAGGAAAUACCUAUCUAUUGGAAGGAAAUCUGUAUUUCAAAAACUUUAUGACUUGUAUAUUGAAGAAUGUGAGAAAGAGCCUGAGGUUAAGCAGAAAUUAAGAAGAAAUGUGAACUUGUUAGAGAAGCUUGUUAUGCAAGAGACGUUGUCAUGUUUAGUGGUCAACCUGUACCCAGGAAAUGAGGGAUAUUCUCUGAUGCUCAGGGGAAAAAAUGGAUCAGAUUCUGAGACCAUUCGACUGCCUUAUGAAGAAGGGGAAUUGCUUGAAUACUUGGAUGCAGAAGAGUUACCUCCUAUUUUGGUUGAUCUUCUAGAAAAAUCUCAGGUUAAUAUUUUUCACUGUGGAUGUGUCAUAGCAGAAAUACGUGACUACAGGCAGUCCGGCAAUGUGAAAUCACCUGGUUACCAAAGUAGGCAUAUUCUUCUACGUCCAACAAUGCAGACUUUAAUCUGUGAUGUACAUUCAAUAACAAGUGAUAACCAUAAAUGGACCCAGGAAGAUAAACUCUUGCUUGAGAGCCAGCUGAUCCUGGCUACAGCUGAACCACUGUGUCUUGACCCUUCUGUCGCAGUGACAUGCACUGCAAACAGGCUGCUCUUCAACAAGCAGAAGAUGAACACGCGCCCAAUGAAGCGGUGUUUCAAGAGGUAUUCCAGGUCCUCUUUAAAUCGGCAGCAGGAUCUGUCUCACUGUCCACCUCCUCCUCAGCUCAAGUUACUUGAUUUCUUACAAAAGAGAAAGGAAAGAAAAGCAGGUCAGCAUUAUGACCUCAAAAUUUCCAAAGCAGGAAAUUGUGUAGAUAUGUGGAAACGGAGUCCCUGUAAUUUGGCCACACCUUCUGAAGUAGAUGUGGAGAAAUAUGCUAAGGUUGAAAAGUCCAUCAAAUCUGAUGACUCACAGCCAACAGUCUGGCCAGCCCAUGAUGUAAAGGAUGAUUAUGUAUUUGAAUGUGAAGCUGGUAAUCAGUAUCAGAAAACAAAGCUGACCAUCUUACAGUCACUUGGUGACCCACUUUACUAUGGUAAAAUACAGCCAUGUAAAGAAGAUGAAGAAAAUGACACCCAGAUGUCUCCAUCCCACUCCUCCACAGAUGAUCAUUCAAAUUGGUUCAUUAUUGGAUCAAAGACUGAUGCUGAGAGGGUAGUCAAUCAGUACCAGGAAUUGGUCCAGAAUGAGGCCAAAUGUCCCAUCAGGAUGUCACACAGCUCCAGCGGCUCCGCCAGCUUGAGUCAGCUCUCUCCGGGGAAGGAAGCGGAACAACCUGAGACCCUGUCAGUUCAGUCUUCCGUGCUUGGGAAGGGAGUAAAACACCGGCCGCCACCCAUCAAACUUCCUUCAAGCUCAGGAAAUAGUUCCUCAGGUAGCUAUUUUACACCACAACAGGCCAGCAGUUUUCUUAAAUCUCCAACUCCUCCUCCUGCUUCCAAGCCACCAAGUCUUUCUCGAAAGUCCUCUAUGGAUCUCAGCCAAGUUAGCCUGCUUUCUGCAGCUGCCUUGUCACCCGCCAGCUCGUCACAGAGAACCACGGCCGCCCGGGUCACGGCACACUCCGCGGGAGUAAACCUCGUCGGCGCGGUGGGCUCUGUGUGUGGGGCUCAAGCUCUGAUGAGCGGCUCAAACCCUGUGCUGGGCUGUCACGCUGGUGCCGCAGCUCCCGCAGGAAUAAGCCUGAGCGGCCUCCUCCCCUCGGGCGGUCUGCUCCCGAGCGCGCCGCCCGCCGCGGUGCAGGCAGCUGCCCAAGCAGGUGUUCCAUUUGGUUUAAAAAAUUCUUCAAGUCUCAGACCCUUAAAUCUACUCCAGCUUCCAGGUGGGUCCCUUAUCUUUAACCCCCUGCAGCAGCAGCUCUCUCAGUUUGCACCACAGCCUCAGCAGCCCUCAGUGCCUGGUCCUCAGCAUCCCGGGGAGCAGGGUUCUGAACAAGGUCCAACCAGUCAAGAACAGGCUUUAUCUGCUCAGCAUGCUGCUGUUAUUAACCUUGCUGGAGUAGGAAGUUUUAUGCAGUCGCAGGCAGCUGUGUUGUCUCAGCUUGGCUCUGCCGAGAACAGACCUGAGCAAAGCCUUCCUCAGCAGAGAUUCCAGCUCUCCUCUGCCUUCCAACAGCAGCAUCAACAGAUCCAACAGUUGCGAUUCUUGCAGCAUCAAAUGGCUAUGGCAGCAGCGCAAACAGCUCGGCUACGGCGGCGGCGGCACACAGGCAGCCGGUCAAAAAGUAAAAUGAAGAGAGGCACACCAACCACUCCGAAAUUCUGAGUCUUGCGUUAUUUUUUUUUCUUUUCAUAAGAGCACUGAAUCAAAAGGAUUCUGAGUUUCUACUUCAUUUUUGUUUUUUUUUAAUGCAUCAGUAUUUUACAUUGCUAGAUGUACAAACUUUAUACAAAAGCACAACCCUAUGAUUUUUAAAUAAAAACGAGAAUGGUUUAAUGAACCAUUAGGGUUGGUUUGCCUAAGUCGUUGCUUUUUAAAAAUGGUUUCACUGUACAUAAUACAAAUGGAAGUGACCUAAGAAAUACUAGAAACAUCUUUCAGAAGAACGUAGUUUGAUAUUUAUUUAGUAUAAAAUGUUUGUGCACAGUGUAACAAAUACAGUUUUUACAAGUC